UGCAAGCUGCAUCGCAUCGACACUCUCUCGCACAGUAGCUACGAAGAUCGUUCGUUCUUCUGCUUCGACUUCGCUUCUUUUGUUUUUUCGUUCGACGAGCUUUGAAUAAUUAGACGCAAUGGCUUCAUCGAAGAUGUUCUUGGCAUUCCUGCUGGUCGUCGCUCUCGCCUCGCUGGUCUCGGCUAAGCCGGGCUACUACGGCCUCGGCUACUACGGCGGCUUCGGCUACGGCGGACUCGGCUACGGUGGGCUCGGCUACGGCGGCUACGGACUCUACGGCGGCUAUCCGUACUACGGCUACUACGGCUACAGAUACCCGUACUACGGUUACGGUUACGGUUUCCCGUACUACGGCUACUACGGCCAUUACUACUAAUCGUUGAAAAAUUCAUCAGGACCCCACCGUACUAUGCAUAAUCAAGCCUAACACGGUUCCGGCUGCAGUCCGAACGCGCUACGCUACGCUCUUACGUGUGUUUUUGUACGCAUGAAUGUGUGUAAUAUUAUGUUAUCGUCGGCACAAUUGUACGAACUUCGAUUCGAACGAAUUGGCUCGAAGAUCAAGAUCAGUUCGAGACGAUCGCAGACCUCUGUCCGUCUGUGAAUUAUCCAGCUCUCCAAUUUUUUUUAUCUGAUCGAAGUGCACCUUCUCCUCCUCUGUCUGUCCUUUGCCUCUUCGUUCUUUUUUUUUUUAUACUCUACGCAAGUUUUUAUAAAAUAUCCAUGAAGAUUUCACACGA